AUGAAGUUUGUGCCAAAACCUAUUCUCUUAUAUGGAUUUUAUAGAGACGGUGGAGGUGACCUUUGGGAAUCAAAUGUCAACCGGUUACUGCACAAGAUCAAAAUUACUGACUUCGUUUUAAAACUAAAAAAAAAGGAAAGUAAAAAUAUACUCACUUCUUACUUCGACAUGUUUGAAGUGUCGGUCAAGUAUAACUUUAGCGUUUUAUGA